AGACGCUACUAUUUUUCUGAUGCCCCCAUAAAUAUCCAUCCCACAAGACUGUCCCCAAACUAUUGUCUUCGAUCUAGGGUUUCUUGUGGUUACUCGUUUCUGAGUCUGAUAUAUUCACACAUAGAGAUAUAUAUAUGCAUUCGCCAAAUUCUCUCCUAAUUGUAUCAGGAUUCGUCUGAUUUCUCUUUCAGUUCAUUUCCCAUCCAUUUAACAUUGAUAAGGGGUUUUUUCAACAACUAUGAUUAUCACUUUUCUCUUUCGAUUUUCAUCAUCGCUCGUCGUUAAGCUUCAGAAUCUCCGAGUUCUUGGACCUGGUUUGAAUCCAUUUGCACCCUACAACAUCGCCAAUCACUUCUCUCGCUAAUUCUUUUCCCACCCUUUUUGUGUUCUUCUCUUAAAUCAUGUAAAAGCCGUGAAUCGUAAUCAUCUAUAGGUCUUAUCGGUUCGUAUUUCUAGGGUUUGUGGUAUUUCAAAGAUAAGAUCAAUCUUUUUGUUGAAAACUUCGAGUUCAAGGGUUGGUUUGUUGUUAUCGAUUUCUUUUGAAGGUUGUGUAUUUUGGGUACUUUAUAGAAGGAUGCCAGACGAGCAGUUGGGUUCUAAUCGAGGGAGCAGACGCACUCGUAGGUCUGCAGGUGAUAGGGACGAUCGAGGUUGGACUAUGCUUCACGUUGGUGCCCGAAGAGGCGAUCUCAAGGAGGUUAAACGACUUCUUAAUGAAGGAAUGGACGUGAAUGUGGCUGCAUGGGGCCCCAAAUCGCAAGGGGUGACCCCUCUCCAUCUCGCUGCCAAGGGUGGCCACCUCAAAGUUAUGGAUGAAUUGCUUGAGCGUGGUGCUAAUAUUGAUGCCCGAACAAAGGGUGCCUGUGGCUGGACUCCUCUUCAUAAUGCAGCUAAAGAAAGAAACAAGAAAGCAGUCAAGUUCCUCGUAGAAAAUGGGGCAUUCUUGCCGGAUGACAUCAACGACACCAGAUUUAAUCCACCAGUUCAUUAUUGCUCUGGUCUUGAAUGGGCUUAUGAGGAGAUGAAGCGUCUUCACCAAGGAAACUCAUCAUCAGGCGAGACCUCUUGCAGCUCUGACAGCUGAGCAAAUCUAGCCUACUCUCUGCACACCCUACUUUCUCUUGAAAUUCAUCAUCAGGGGAGACCUCUUACCGCUCUGACAGCUGAGCAAAUCUAGCCUACUCUCUGCACCCUAUGUUUCUCUUUCUUAUGUUUGAUGUUGGUGUUGCUAUAUGUUCUUGGUAAAUAUGGAUGAAAAUAAAAUAAAACAUUUACAUGGUUGCGCCUUGUUUUGUGUCAUGGAUAUGGCUGAUGUUACAAUAGGAUGUUUGAGUGUCUUUGAACGGUAAUCAGAAUAUAUGUAGCAUUGGAAUUGUUAUUUUUGUUUCAUGUCAUGGAUAUGUUGAUGUAACAAUCAUUUGUUUGGGUGCUUCAAUCGGUAUUUAUUGUCUUCGGAA